GAAGUCGGUGUCGUGUGUCUCGUUACAGAGGACCCCAAAUAAAAAGUGUUCUCCAAAGCCGUACACAUCGUAAUCCGUACAGAGGCAGUGGUACAAUCAUGAUGCAGACGAGACGAGAUAUAUAGAAUGACUGAGAUGUCCCCAGUUCUCUAGUCUUCUGCUACAUAGGUCUCAUUUCAUCAUUCACCCAUUAAAGCUCAUGGCUUCGCCCACCGACUGCUAAGCCUCCCCAGUCCCCAGACCUGGCUUUGCAUUUAUGAUUUAACUUCAAUCCUUUCUAUCCAUUCUCCUUAUUUUCUUUCAUUUUCACUACAUGCAUACGAAAUUGCGAAUACACCCAGCAACAAAGAUUGGAAAAACCACUACUUAAAAAUCUUCACAUCAUCAGAUCCAUUACUCAUUUUGUUCUCUUGAUGAAUUUAUGUUCAUUGGUUUUCAGAUUUCUGUAGUUUAAUUUAAACAUAAAUGGGUCGGACAUUUGGUCUUGUAUCUACUCUGGCAGCGCUGUUUCUCUUCUUCUGCAAAAGCCAAGCUUUGUUACCUGCAAACGUUAGCAACAUCAACAGCAGCCGUGCUCUUCACGACUAUAGACGCUUCCUCCUUGCUAAUGGCGUCGGUCGUACGCCUCCAAUGGGAUGGAACAGCUGGAAUCAUUUCCAAUGUAGAAUUGAUGAGUGGGUUGUGAAGAGCACUGCUGAUGCUCUUGUUUCGACUGGGUUAGCAGCACUUGGAUACAAAUAUGUAAAUAUUGAUGAUUGCUGGGGAAAUGAGAAUAGAGAUGCCAGGGGUAAUCUCGUUGCCAGGGCUUCUACUUUUCCUUCAGGCAUCAAAGCUCUUGCUGAUUAUGUUCAUGCAAAGGGCCUAAAGCUGGGCAUUUACUCUGAUGCUGGUUACAGAACCUGCAGCAAGACCAUGCCGGGUUCCUUUGGGCAUGAAGAUCAGGAUGCGAGAACCUUUGCUACUUGGGGAGUUGAUUAUUUGAAGUAUGAUAACUGUUACAAUGAUGGCUCCCAUCCUCAAGACAGGUUUGCUCGAAUGAGUUAUGCAUUACAAAAGGUUGGCCGACCAAUUGUCUACUCAAUUUGUGAAUGGGGAGAAGAGAAUCCAGCAAACUGGGCUGCGAGAUUUGGUAAUGCCUGGAGAACCACAGGUGACAUUCAAGACAAAUGGGACAGUAUCACAUCAAUUGCAGAUGGGAACAACAUUUGGGGAAGAUUUGCAGGGCCAGGCAGAUGGAACGAUCCUGACAUGUUGGAAGUGGGAAAUGGAGGAAUGAGUCUAGAGGAGUACAGGUCUCACUUUAGCAUUUGGGCUCUUAUGAAGGCUCCUUUACUUAUUGGAUGUGAUAUCAGAACCGCUAGCAGAGAGACUCUCCAGAUCCUGGGAAACAAGGAGGUGAUUGAUGUUAAUCAGGACCCACUUGGAGUUCAAGGGAGGAAGAUAAGAUCACAAGCAGGGCUAGAAGUUUGGGCAGGACCAUUAUCAGGGAGAAGGGUUGUAAUUGUAUUAUGGAACAGAAGCUGGGCUCGGGCUCCUAUUACAGUCGGAUGGCGGGAAGUUGGAUUCUCUCCUUUCAGUCCUGUUAUUGUUAGAGACCUAUGGAUGCACUCAUUUGUGUCCAAAAGGAUGCGUUUCCGAUUGACUGCUUAUGUUGCUCCUCAUGCUUGUAAGAUGUAUGUCCUUACCCCAAUAUAAACUAGGAAAAAGGGAAGCUUAUAUUUUCCAAAAAUCAUGUAUAAUAAUGCAGAUAAGAUACAAGCAUGAAAUUGUAAUUGAAUGCUAUGGAAGUCAGCCAAGUGGAAAGCAUAAGAGAUUGUGGAAUGUAAACAUUUCAAGAGUCAAGAGUGCAUGAUUCGAUGAGCAUAAA